GGAGAAUAUACACUAUACACUUGCGUCGCAAUAAAUAACCAGCUAUACUUUAACAUGAAUAAUGUUCAUAUAUAAGAAAAGCCGGAUAAAUCAUGCUAAUUGAAUGAAUUUUCUUGCGAAUUGGGAAAUGUUCGCCAUAUUUCUCAGACGUCGGAAGUGUAAUGUAAAUGCAAAAAGUCGAGUGUUAAGGCGAUUAUUAGAAAAUGAUCCACAAGGGAUGUAUAAUAUCUCAUCAGUACCACAGCUGACGAAUAAACCUCCUCAUUCUCGUGAAGUGGCAGUACAAACUGUGAAGGUAAAAAGUAAAAAAGUUGGACUGUCGAAUUCAUGGUCUGACUCUUCGAUUCAUACUUCCAGACUGACGAAUGAAAGAAUGGGAUUAUCACCAGUUAGAGAUGAAUUAUCACCGCCAUCAUUGUGUAGAAAACAUAUUCAUCAUCAGGAUGAUAAGAAAGUGUUUCAGCACACUGCUUCGCAUGCACAAUUGUCGUCUUCUCAACAACUUCUUAACGGGAAAAAUUUACUCGGUGACCACUGUUCUCAUUAUUAUUCUAAUCCUCAUAAUCAACAAAAUAAAGAAUGUUUAAACAAGGCGGAAAUAUUACCAAAUCAAGGAGUAUCCAACUCACAUAAAUUAUUCAGACGACUUCUUAACUACUCAAGAGAUACUGGCGAGGAUUCUGAAGAGACAGCAAUUACAGCCGAUACAACGGUAGUAUUUGGUGCUUUGCCUACACCACUGGGAAAUGUUCAUUAAGUCAAACCGACGG